AGCAGUAAAUCAACUGGAUCAGCUGAGUUCAGAGGAACAGUUGCUGCUGAAGUGUGCGGCUGUCAUUGGUCACUCCUUCCAUGUCGAUCUGCUGCAGCACCUCUUGCCUGGAUGGGAUAGAAAUAAGCUACUGCAGGUGCUGAGGGCUCUUGUGGAUGUACAUGUACUCCAGAGCCUUAACAGAAACCAGGAGAUCCCUGCUGAGCCCUUAUUAGCACAUUCAUCUGUCAACAUCAUUGAUCAGACCACAGAGGAAAAGCCAGCCUCUCUUCUCAGACUGCAAGAGCAGCUAUUCCUACCACAAGCCGGAAUGCUAGAAUUUGGAGUGCCUCUCUUACGGGAAGCCGCCUGGGAGCUGUGGCCCAAGGAACAGCAGAUAGCUCUGCACCUCGAAUGUGCCUACUUUCUCCAGGAGCUGGCCUGCCGCUGUGGGAGCUGCCAUGGAGGAGACUUUGUCCCCUUCCAUCGUUUUGCAGUCGGUUCGACUAAGAGCUCCAGUAGGACUUCCCGAUUCUGUACUUACAAAGAUACUGGCUCAGUGUUGACACAAGCAGUCACAGGCAAACUGCAGCCGCCUUUUCCUCAAGAUAGUUUGCAGUUCCAGGAAAAAGCAUUCAGAAAUUGGGAGGCCUUGUCAUGUGAUCCCUGCAGAACAGAGGAAGACUUCCUGGAUCAAGUGAACAGGAAACUGGCCUGGACUAGCCCUGAGGAAAACCUGUUGACCACAAAACCCUGUCACUGUGAGGAAAUCCUGAAGUUGGUUCUCUCACCUCUCACUCAGCACUGCUUGGUCACUGGAGAAACCACAUGCGCAUUCUAUUACCUGCUGGAAGCUGCUGCAGCUGCCUUGGACCUGUCGGAUAAUUACUUGGCCUUCUUUUACUUGAGGAAGGCAGGCAGUCUUCGGGGCCUGCCAUCGGCAUUCCCCUUCCUGAGAAAGCACACGGUGAAGAUCUGUCAGUUUGAGGAGGCCACUUUCUGCUGUCUGCGGUCAGAGGUCUGCUUUAAGAUGGGGCAGAUCACCUUGGCCAAAAAACUGGCUAGAGAAGCUCUUAGACUGUUGAAAAGAUACUUCCCUUGGACCUGGUUUGGUGUCUUUUUCAAGACAUUCCUGGAAAAGUAUUGGUUUUCCUGUUCUGUGAGCCGACGUCCAGACAACCCUAUUGAGAGUAAGAAGAAGUUGGCCAUCCUCCAGCAGCAGGUGCACUGCCUCUCCCUACUCCGGCAGCUCUAUAGCCUUGAGGCGACAGCCAGCAACCUCAGGUUUGCCUGCCUGGCUGCUCUUAUGCAGAAGAAUUCAACUGAAGAGUUUGCAAAUGAAGCCCAGGUUGUCUCCAGUUAUGUAGACCUCUCUCAGUUCUCCCAGAAUGUUGGCGACAGGGACAAGUGGCUGCAGUGUGAGAAGAUGGCCAUUCAGAAGAGCAGCCUGUGUUGGUUCUCCAGGGAGGGAUUGUUGGCCAUGGCCCAGCUCAUGCAGUCCUUGGCCUACACCAAGCUAUGCCUUGGCCAUCUUGAUUUCUCCAUCAAGCUUGAUUUGAUCUGUGUGUCCAUGUGCUGGAGAGUCAGUGGGCUCUCACUUCCAAAACUCAUGAUGUCCUUGGCCUGGCCUGCUUUUACUCCGCUUGCUUAGAUCUGCUGCUCUAUGGAGAAGGAUUGUUGUGUCGGUCCUUUGGCGAGUGCCUGAAUUUCAUUCAACGCUACGGGCAUAGCUGUAUUAUAACUUCCCAGAGCAACGUUAUGCUGGGAGUUCACUCCUCCCUGGCCAUGUGGUAAUGUUUCACUCAGAAUCUAUGGCAACAAGUAGGAUUUUAAGGAUACCCUGAAUCUAAGCUAUCCCACCCCACAUGUAUUCUCCCAGGACUCUGAGCAUCUCUGACAAACUGCUAAAAAUUGUUAACUUCCCAUCCCCUCCCAUCUUAUUGGAAGUAUUCCUAUUCCUGCAUAGGUUUGGGCCUGUUGGUUAAGGACUAAAUUUAGGGUUACAUUUAAGUGCCCAUGACAAGGCUGAGUAGCUUUGGUCUCCUUUAAAAUCUGCUUGCAUGUGAGUUGGUGCUCUAUGUCACUUCUAGUGUCAUAGUUCUAUGAAGGAUGUCUGAGAGCUUUAAAGAAGUGGUGCUUUUAUGAGGGAACCAUGAUCGGUAGGCAAUAGAUGGCGCUGAGAUUUGUAACUCUUUCCCUCCAGGUUUGCCCAGGACUCACAGUGGCACUUGUUUGUGCACCACUUCUCUAAGGCCUGUCAAUUGGUGAAAAAAACCAACGCCUCACUAUUUGGUUCACAUGGCUUUGUCCGAUUCCUAGAGUGCCAUGUGCUAAUGUUACAGAGUAUGCCAGAAUGCUUCUUCACACGUAUUUACCCAAAGAAUCAUAACCAGACCCUCAAGUACUUCAAGGAGUUCUUCUCUCGAUGUGUGACCUGCCCUGUCUAUCACCAGUGGGUCUCUGAGCUUAAGGCUUCAGUAAUGAGAUGUGGAAAGAGAGAACCCCUGUCCUUAACUAACAUCAUACCUGUUGACACCGGUUUUGCCAACAUUUCGAGAGAGGGGGAAUCCCUGGUGGAAAACAACUCUUACAGAAGAAAUUUAGGACUACAGAGUUUCAGCAGAGUGGCUGAUGUCAAAGAGAAUGAAACUCAAGUAUGUUUAUGUUAAAAGCUACAAAAUCUAAAGGGACCAUCGUUGUUGUGUAUAACACAAGGAAAUGCCACAGAUUCUCCUAUUUAAGAUAUUGUAUAGUGUACAUAUUGAAGGUAAUAGCCUUUACAAUCACUGCUGUCUAUAUCUUUGCCAAAAUAAAAGCCUAUGUUCCUGAAA